ACAUUAAACAUGUGAUGGUUAAAUUUCACUUCAAUUUAGUGUGUCUUCAUGAGUCUUUAGUUGGUUUUGUAGUUUAAUUGUUAACUGUCGGCUCAAAAUACACUUCGUAUUAUACUCUUUAUAAGACAAUAUUGUAACCAUCAAAUAAAUUACAACAUGAAAAUAAACGUAAUCAAAUCAUUGCUAAUUUGAGUAGUUCACAAAUAAAAUGUAAAAUUAAAAUUUUUGAUACCAAAAGUAAAAAAAACAUAUUUUACUCGUAUAAUAUGUCUGGAUUUACUGAAAGUGGCUUAAAUAAACGUUUAAAAGAACUAAAUUCAUCACAACAAAGUAUUCAAACUUUAUCACUUUGGUUAAUUCAUCAUCGAAAGUAUGCUCAUACAGUUGUCAAAAUUUGGGCUAAGGAAAUAUCAACAGGAAAUGAGGCCAAACAAUUAACAUUGAUGUACCUUGCAAAUGAUGUUAUCCAAAAUGGUAAAAAAAAAGGACCUGAGUAUGGACAAGAGUUUGGCAAAGAACUGGCUAAAGCUUUUAAACAAAUUUCAUUAAAUAAUUGUACUCUGAAAACAAGACAGAGCUUGACACGGUUAUUAAAUAUUUGGGAGGAAAGAGGUGUUUACAGUAAAAUUCAAAUUGACGAAUUCAAAGAUUCUUUUGCUACUGAAACUGUAAAUAACUCAACGGAUGAGCCACCAAAUAAAAAAGUUAAACACACAGAAAACCAUAAAACAAAAAAAUCCAAACCACAAAAUAAUGGAUUAAAAAAAGAAAAAGAAGUUGUUGUAGAAAUUGAUGGUACUAAAGAGUUGCAUGUUACUUUAUCACCAAAAACUCCAGUUAAUGAUCCUCCAGAACCAGAAGAACUAAUCAAAGCACUAAAUGAUUUAGAAAAUGCACCAUCAUGUGAUGCAGUAGUACGAGAAAGAAUUUCCAAACUUCCACCAGAAAUUGCAGAUGUGAGCUUGUUAUCUCAAUUAAAAGGUAAGAGUGAAGCUGAAGAUCUCUUACGUAAAGUUAAUGAUGCUGUAGCUUUAUUGACUGAUUAUAAUACGAGAUUAGUGUGUGAAAUGGAGGAUCGUAAAAAAGUAACUGCUAUGCUACAAGAUUUUAUUCAAUCCCAAAGAGAUUUAAUUGAUCAAGCUGAACAAAGAUUGCAGGAGUAUCAAGGUAAAUUGCAAAAAGUUUGUCAAGUGCGACAAGAGGUUAAUACACAUUUACAGAACUUACCCGAUUUAGCUCAGUUACCAAGUGUAAAAGGAGGUUUAGCACCUCUGCCAUCUGCUGGUGAUUUGUUUACUGUAGGUUAAUUGACUGCUAUUAAACAUUUUAGUAUGAUGUCAUUGUUCUCAAUUAAAAAUAUUUUAACUAAAGUUGUAUUGUUAAAUUUAUGUAAUAAGUGUAAUUAUUUGAUAAGAGAUUGUUCAUUUUUUUUGACAAAUUAAGUCUAGACAUUUUCAUACAUAUUAUCAUUUAAUAUCUGUUUAAUAUAAGUUUAUAAUUACAGAAUUACAUUUAAACUGUUAAUGUAAAAAAGAAAAAAGUUUAAAGUGUUAUAUUAUUCAAUUAUUUAUAUCUUUUUGGUAAUUUUAAUAUUGAAUAAAAUUAGUGAAAUGAGUAUUGUUGUGCUGGAGGUCCACACCACUUUAUUACAAAUUCUAUAACUUGUUUUAUACUCGAUGAUUGAAUUGUUUUUGAAACUGUCAUAACUUUUGUCCAGUCGUCUUUUAUUGCUACCUUUCCACUUUCAAAUGUAAUACUUGCACUUUUUUUGGUAUCAAUGACUGGCCACCCAGAUAUAACACAAACAGAGAAUUUACUACCAUCUGGAGCUGUUAAGUUGGAUAAAUACAGUUGCCGAUGAUCCAAUGGUAGGCUCUAUAAUUAUAUAACAUUAUAUUUGUUUAAACAUAUUUUAAUAAAAUGAUUUUGCCUUAUUA